UUCUAUCCUUAUCAUCUGAAUCUGAAUGUGAAUCUAAAUAUAUUGAAUAACAGACAGGCGCAAAAUUUGAAUUCUUGCGCCACGGUGGAGUUGAGGAGUAUUACGGUCACAAAAUUCAAAAUUCUGCUAGAAUGUCAACCACAAAUUCUGACGAUCGCAAUGUAUUCGUCUCACCGUUCUUAAACUUUGACCCAUCGAUUUUGGUCUCGAAUCCUGAGGAACAGUUUAUUUUCCCUGAGGGAGAAAAACGUCGAGGUCGGUUUGAAAGAUCGUUUUCUGAAAUAGGCGCUAUGGUCAUUGGAGGCGCAUCUGUCGGUGGUAUUCGAGGCUUAUACAGUGGUUUAAAAGAUGCCGAGAUAAAGAGUCUGCCUACACUUGCCAUCCGUCGGACACAAAUGCUUAAUCAUAUGACUAAAUCUGGAGCAACACUUGCACAGACUGCAGGUUCCAUUGGACUUAUCUAUGCUUUGGCAGAUUUCUUCAUCCAUAAAAUACGCCAGGGAGCAGAUGACGAGGUCAAUACAAUCGCUGCAGCAACAACUACCGGUUUAGUGUAUACAUCUCCGGGUAUGUUUAAACCAAAUGGAUGGAAACGUUGUGCUCUUGGUGGGACUGCUGGAUUAGCUGUUGGCGCGCUGGCUGUGGCUUUCACAAGCUGGUCAAGGAUCAAACAUAUGCUUGGGGGAUAGAAAUAAAAUAAAAUACCUUACUUACUGGCGAUUCUAAUCAAUCAAUAUGUAUAUUACCACACGCACACUAUACGCCCUAUUAUCAUUAUUAUUAUUUAGUAUACAAAUACAAUUUUUAUUUCCCAA